UCUUAUAAUUCGUAAUUAUAAUAAACAUUUCAUAAUAACUUUUAAACAAUAGACUCAGCUGGAACCAUUCAUGUUUAAAGGUCUCUGUUUGACAUGCGGAGGCUGAGCUCUGAUGCUAGAACAGCUGGGAAAGGACGCUCCAUAAUGAGCGCCCAUUAUCUGCCUUCGUUUUUUAUCACUUACUGUUUUCAUUUGUCCGCACAAACACACACACAGAGAAAGAGAGAGAGAGAGAGAGAAAAACACGGUCCCUCCUUCAUGUUUUGUCAGGAAUGUUCAUGUGUGUGUUACAUUGAUAACGAGGGUGUGAGUGUUCUGUGUGUGACAUGUCAGAGGAUCGAUAUGGAGUGAACCAGCGCCGGGAAUGGAAACACGUUGAGGACAGGAGAUUAAUAUGGCGGAUCCAGAGGUGUCAUCACAGAGCGGGGGCUACGAUGUGGAGCUGUUUGUGGACACCCCAGACUACGAUCUGAUCUGCACCAUCUGCCAGGGGGUCCUCAGGUGUCCAGUGAGAGCUGCAUGCCACCACAUCUUCUGCAAGAAAUGCAUCCUACAGUGGCUCAAGAGACAGGAGACCUGUCCCUGCUGUAGAAAGCCUGUUAACCCGAGCUUGAUCUUUGUCAUGUUCAAGCUGAGCAAAUCUAUUGGACGCAUGAAGAUCAAGUGUAAGAAUGAGAUCCGUGGUUGUGCAGAGACCUUCCCCCUCUCUGAGCAGUACUGCCACAGUAUGAGCUGUCUGUACGAGCUCAUCCCCUGUCCGUACCAGGGCUGCCGGGCGCAGCUACUGCGCAGAGACCUGGACACCCAUGCACGCCACUGCGAACACUGGCGUCAGCCCUGCCACAUGGGCUGUGGGACGAUACUCUCCCACCGCAACCAGGCUGAACACAACUGCUAUAAGCAGCUGAGGCAAGAAUAUGAAGCCAGACAAAGAAACCACAGGGCCAUCGCCACUGCCCUGCAGAGGAAGAUGAGGAGGAUGCAGAGCACCAUGGCCCACAUGAAGAGGCAGAUAGGGCUAAUCUGUGAGAGCCUGGAGGUGAUGGAUGAUCUACAUGAGGUAGAAGAGGAGGACCUCGGAGAGAGCAGCAGCAGCUCCAGUGGGACUCCAAGUAGCAACAACAGCAACUGUUGAGGGACGAGUCAGUUACUGCUGCUGCUGCUGGUUGGUUACUGCUGUGUAUAAUUUCCGCAUGUGCUCAUCUCUUUGAAGGUGUGUGUUUUUAAUAUGUAGGUAGGAUAGAAAUGGGUGGAUUUGUUACAGUUUUGUGCUGUAAUUUCAUCUAUUUUGUAAAUAAAGCCUUUAACAUUAC